AUAUCCUUAUGACUGAUGCGUAGCCCCCAGCAACAGUUGCUUGAUUACAAACAGUUCAAGGCGGCACGCACCAUUCAAAGGUAUUAUCGGGGCUGGCGAGUGCGUCAAUCAAUGAAGAGAAUGCAGCAUGCAUCAACUGUUAUGCAGAGGACCUGGCUUCGGUUUAUUGGCAAGAGGCAUCUGAUCAGCAUCGGCGAGGAGCUCGUACAGGAAAGCAUACUGAAGAUGCUUAACAAGGCCGCAAUAAAGAUACAGGCAUUAUUUCGGGGCUGGUGGGUACGCAAGCAUAUCAAUAAUAUGUUCUAUUUGAAAGAAAUACAGCUUAAUUGCAUUGAGGAGUUAUUGGCCGGCUAUGCGCACAGUCUGCACAAUAUGAUGCGCACCCAACAGUUGCCAGGAUAUAUGAGCUUAUGUAAAAAUCCACACGUUCAAAGAGUGGAGGACUUGAUGGAGACUAUGUCGUAUCGAUUUUACAAUCGAUAUGUAGGCACAAGGUUUGUGUCUGACAGGGCUACCUUGGAAAUACAUCGUCGCGAGUUCAGAGAUUCCAAAUUUUGGAAUUGGGUACCAUACGCAGGCUUCAAUCACACUGGUGAAUGCCAUCAACCGCCACCGGAAAAGCAGCCCAAGACCUAUACAGUACGUGAAUACGAUGUCGUGCAGAUCUUUACGUCAGUGGGUCGCAUGACCGAGAUUAAAAAGAAAAAGCUAAGGGCCAAAGAGGACAAAAUACGCAGGAAGUCGCAUGCUCUUUGCGAUAAUGAAAGACGUUUUUGUAAGGAUCUUGUGACUAGAAUGACAGCGUGGCCCAUGUGCAACGCAUGCAAGGUAAAAGUAACGGAUACUUUACUGGGACCCAACUUAGGUGAAUUCCUCGAUAAUGUUAAAGCCUCUUUGGAGGCCAUACACCAAUUGGGGAACUGUAAUUGCCAGCGGGAUACGAUACCUAAAGGUUACAUUCAACCGUGCGAAUGAUUUCUCAAUUAUUUAAGAUGUUUACACAACUUUCUACUAUUUGUUUGUUUGCAAAUAAAGCGGGCAUGAAAGUAUGAAAAA